AUGGCUGACUCCGAUGCUCCCGCGGUCGUCCAUGUCGACCCCACCGAGACCGGAGUGUAUGAAAUAGAGAGUUUAUGUAUGAACUGUCGCGAUGAGGGAAUAACUAGAAUCCUUCCCAUCAAAAUUCCGUACUUCAAGGAGAUCCUUCUCGAGUCCUUUUCCUGCGAUCACUGCGGCUGGAAGAACAACACGGUCAAAAGUGCAGGACAAAUACAAGAGAAGGGAGCGAAAUUUACUUUCAGACUGGACGAUAUGGCCGACUUCCAGAGACAGAUUGUUCGCGGUGACACGGGUAUUUUCCGCAUCGAAGACCUGGGUCUGGAGACGCCACCGGCUCCUGGCCAAUUCACCAACCUUGAGGGUAUGAUCACGAAAAUAAAAACCGACUUGGAGAGUGAUCAACCAGCGAGGAAGGAGGUGAAUCCGGGCCUCUAUAACUCCCUAGAAACAGUCAUUCAAAAGCUGGGGAAUAUGUUACAAGGGAACAGUUUCCCGUUCACCGUCACGCUCGACGAUAUCUCGGGUAAUUCGUUUAUCGAACCCUCUCCAGACGACAAGGGCACCAAAUAUUCUCGCACUGACUACCUCCGGAGCCACGAACAGAACGUGCAGCUGGGUUUGGUGGUCGAUGAUGACGCAACCGAAGACACCGGCGGUAUGGAAGGCGUCGAUAUUGUCGACAAUGAAGUUUAUGAGCUACACGCUGAGUGCCCGGCCUGCGGAAAGCCGUGUACUGUCAACAUGAAGAAGACCAAUAUUCCCCAUUUUAAAGAGGUUAUCAUCAUGGCGACGGUCUGUGACCACUGUGGCUUCAGAACGAGUGACGUCAAGACUGGCGGUGCAGUACCGGAUAAAGGAAAGCGCAUCACGCUGGAAAUCAAGACGAUUGAGGACAUGUCUAGGGAUAUUUUGAAGUCGGAGUCCUGCGUUUUGAAAAGUCAAGACCUUGGGUUGGAGGUCCAGCCUGGCACACUCGGAGGCCGGUUUACUACGGUCGAGGGACUCCUUACGCAAGUCCGUGACCAGCUUCACAGUCAAAUUUUUGAUGUGGGAGAUGCAGACAUUGCGGGAGGAGAUUCCAUGACAGCAGACACACGGUCGAGGUGGGACAGCUUUUUCGCCAAGCUCGACAACGCCAUCGCAGCCAAAUUCCCCUAUUCCAUCACCCUCGAGGAUCCAUUGGCGAACUCGUUUGUGCAGUUGAAUGCGGACCCCGGCAAGGAUCCACAGGUCAAGGUCGAGGAGUAUGAAAGGACCGAAGAGGAAAUGGAGGAUCUAGGACUGAAGGAUAUGAAGACUGAGGGCUACGAGAAAGAAGACGAACAAUCAUGA